UCUGCCUGGGACAGAGGGAGUUUAGGUCCAGGCUCAGGCAGAAAACACACACACACACAAACACAGCAAUCUGAAAAGCUGUCUCAAGCAGAACACAGGCUGUCUGUUUGGACCCAUGAUUUGACUUUUGAGUCGUUAGUUUUGCCCCGCUCCCAAACACCUCUCUCAGGAACUUUUCUCUAAGCAGAGGCUAGUCCUUGGUACCUUUUAAUCAAUAGGGAGAAACUAAAUUCUAGAUCCCAGACCCUAAGAGAGCUGGGGACUACAAUAGAGCUGAACAGCUUCUAUGGUAAACAGUUGUCUGAAUCCAGACAUCUUAGGAACAACUCCAUCUUGCUGGCUGGAUCAAACAAGUUCAAGUUCCCAGGCCUAGGGACAAACUUCUAUCCCACUUUUCCAAAUGUUUUCUCUGUUAACCAGAAGAGAAUAUAGAAAUUGCUGUUAUCUAAACCAAGGUGUUUAAGUUGUAAAAAUAUACAGCCAAUUUGCCAGUUGUGUCCUAACUACAAGCAGCAGACCACCUCUUUUUGUUUGUUUUUGCUUUUUGUCUCCGUUUCACUGAACUCCAGACUUAAUAUCUAGGAGAAUGAAUUAAGGACCUUGAAGCCAGGUGCCCUGGAUACGGCCCAGUCUCCAACGGGUACUCCCUUGCUUUCCCCACAAAGUCAAAAUAUUAUUAAAGAACACUGCUGCUCACCCAAGCCUCGCCUCUCUUGCAGUUUCGCCCUUUAGAAAUGCAAUACAGUCUCUUAUCUGGGACGCAGGAGGUUCAGACCCAGCACUGGCCGCCUCCCUGAGCGCUCAGAAAAUAAAACUUUUGUUUUUCGGCUUCCGUCUGGAACCCGAGUCCUGAAGGUCGCUACUUCUGGUUACAAGAUUAACAAAGGGGAUGUAGCUAGGUGCCUGGAUGCCCGUCUGGUACAGGAUCAAUCCUCGCAGGUAGGAAGGCAGCUAUUCUGCUUUCUGUGACAUCACUUUCUACUUCUCACGGGGCACAUAGCCACGAGGUUCAGGAAAUGGUCCCGGUACUGUAGAUUUCGAGGACGAGGGUGGGUGGGUGGCUGGGGAGAAUGGAAAGCGGCCCGGGAGAUGAAGAGUCUACAGCAUCCUGGGCAGAGGAAGACAAGAGACCUCGCGUGAUUCCUCGAAAACCUCGGGAUUUCCGGGCAGGAAGUCAGAGGGCGGGCGCACGGUGGCUCUAGGGUUUAGAAACUGGAGAAGGAGGAGGGGGAUUUGGCGGCUUGAGCGGUCCAGGAUCAAGAGCAAGGGAGGAAGCAGGCUCAGAGUUCUGGCCGGAAAGGGGCCUGGCAUGCUAAAGCCAGCCGUUGCCAGGGAAAACGGAAGUGGGUGGGGUCCGGCCUAAUUUUUGAUUGACAGGACAACAUCAGGGGCGGUAGUAUUUCCGGACAGGCUACGUAAAGGAGGCGUGGCUUCGCUUUGAUUGAUAGGUCUCGAGGGCGGAGCAUGAAGCUGAUUGGCUUACCUAGGAAACAAAGGGGUUUUGCUCUGGCCCUUAGGCCAGGGGUCCUGGUAGAGGUGGUGUUUUGCCCCCACUUCUUCUCCGAUCACCGCGCCCCCGCUGACUGUUUAGAGCGUGUACCUAGCUAGGAUUUGUCCUGAGAGCUUGUGACACGCCCUAUUGCUAACUCUCUACAGCGUUUGAGAAACUGGUGUGGAAAUAGAAGGGAAAGACAGGAAAGCUCCCCUCCCUCCUCAGAUGACCUGCCAGUCUUUGAGAAGGCCAAGUCUUGUCUGCAGAGCACAGAUCUGGAAGCCCUACUCCUAAGAAGCAUUCAGACUGAAAUUGCAUCAGAAAGAUCCCUCUCUUCCAAGUGGCCUGGGAUCAGCUGCUCUGUCUUGUGGACUUUCCAGAACAGGGUGGCCAGAAGAAACACUAUUUUUCGACUCAGCGAGAUCUGCCUUACUAAGACUCCAGCCCUACUGAGAAAGCUCAUGGAGCCUGGAAGACCAAGAGCCAACCUUCGGAGGGCAGGCAGACUCUGUCCGGAUCUGUAGGGCACUGCCCUAGUCUCACUACUAUGGCACGUGGUUUCACGGUAGGCUUUGACCCACUGGGUCUAGGAGAACUCAGCUCUGGCUCCCUGAGCUCUGUCUCCUCCCGAGGCCACCUGGGCAGCGACUCAGGCUCCACAGCAACACGAUACCUGCUGAGGAAGCAGCAGCGCCUGCUGAAUGGGCCCUCCCGAGGAAUUCGAGCCUCCUCGCCCAUGGGCCGGGUCAUCCUCAUCAACUCCCCCAUCGAAGCCAACAGUGACGAAAGUGACAUCAUCCACGCCGUUCGCGUGGAGAAGAGCCCCUCGGGGAGGCUGGGUUUCAGCGUGAGAGGCGGCUCUGAGCAUGGCUUGGGUAUCUUUGUCAGCAAGGUGGAGGAGGGAAGCAGCGCAGAGCGGGCUGGCCUGUGUGUGGGAGACAAGAUCACGGAGGUGAACGGGCUGAGCCUAGAGAGCACCACAAUGGGGAGCGCUGUGAGGCUGCUGACCAGUAGCAGCUGCCUACACAUGAUGGUCCGGCGCAUGGGCCGAGUGCCCGGCAUCAAGUUCUCCAAGGAGAAGACCACAUGGGUGGAUGUAGUGAACCGGAGGCUGGUGGUAGAGAAGUGCAGUUCAACGCCGUCGGACCGCAGCUCGGAAGACGGUGUGCGCCGCAUCGUCCAUCUCUAUACAACCUCGGAUGACUUCUGCCUAGGCUUCAACAUCAGAGGGGGCAAAGAGUUUGGCCUGGGCAUCUACGUGUCCAAAGUGGACCAUGGGGGGCUGGCUGAAGAGAACGGCAUCAAAGUGGGGGACCAGGUCCUGGCGGCCAACGGUGUCAGGUUCGAUGACAUCAGCCACAGCCAGGCCGUGGAGGUGCUGAAGGGACAAACGCACAUCAUGUUGACCAUCAAGGAGACUGGCCGAUACCCUGCCUACAAAGAGAUGGUUUCAGAGUACUGCUGGCUGGAUAGAUUGAGCAAUGGGGUACUGCAGCAGCUGUCGCCAGCCUCCGAGAGCAGCUCCAGCGUCUCCUCCUAUGCCUCUAGCGCCCCCUGCAGCUCGGGCUCGCUGCCCUCUGACCGCAUGGAUGUCUGUCUGGGGCCAGAGGAGCCCACUAGCCAUGGCCCAGGCUGGGGGCGGGCAGACACGGCCAUGCAGACUGAGCCUGACCUGGACAGCCGAGUGGAAACUUGGUGCAGCGUAAGGCCGACCGUCAUCCUCAGGGACACGGCCAUCCGCUCGGAUGGUCCCUCUUCUACCCGACACCUUGAUUCUGCACUUUCAGAGUCCCCCAAGACUGCUCUCCUUCUGGCCCUCAGCCGACCCAGAACUCCCAUCACUCGAUCCCAGAGCCACCUGACACUGUGGGAGGAGAAGAAACAACGGAAGAAGGAGAAGUCGGGAUCUUCUGGGGAGAAGGGGGCCUUGCAGCGCUCCAAGACGCUGAUGAACCUCUUCUUCAAGGGAGGGCGGCAGGGGCGGCCAGCAGGGGACGGGCACAGAGAGGCCUGGACACUGGACAGCAGAAGCCCCACCAAAGUCCGCCCUCGCCUGGACCUAGAGAAAGCGGGGAGUGUGGGGCCUGUGCAGAAGUUUGUCACCUGGAGACUAAGACGAGACCGGGAGAGGGGCCGGGCCCUGCUCUCCGCCAGGUCUGGAAGCCCCUCUGGCCAGGCACCCACUGUGAAUGAGCAGGUGCAGGCCUGGGAAAGUCGACGGCCCCUCAUUCAGGACCUGGCCCGGAGGCUGCUGACAGACGAUGAGGUACUAGCAGUCACUCGCCACUGCUCCCGGUAUGUCCAUGAGGGUGGUGUGGAGGAUCUGGUGCGCCCCCUGCUGGCCAUCCUAGACAGGCCCACGAAGCUGCUGUUGCUGAGGGACAUCAGGAGCGUGGUGGCCCCCACAGACCUUGGCCGCUUCGAUAGCAUGGUGAUGCCUGUGGAGCUGGAGGCUUUUGAGGCUCUUAAGAGCAGGGCAGUGGGGCCUUCUGCUUUGAGACCUACCAGGCAAGACACGCCACCCAAACGUCACCUCAUCACCCCUGUGCCUGAUAGCCGUGGGGGCUUUUACCUGCUACCAGUGAACAGCUCAGAGGAUGAAGACGGAGAGAUAAGGGAGAAGCUUGGGGUCCUUAAGGUCUCCCUCGGUGCCUCUGCUCCUCACCACAAGGGAAUCCCCCCUCUACAAGACGUGCCAGUUGAUGCCUUUUCGCUACGCCGAGGCGCAUGCGCACCUCCUCCCCAGCCACCUCCUGUGGCUCCCCGACCUCCCAGGCCUAACUGGCUACUGACAGAACCCCUAAGCAGAGAGGACACUCAGCAGAACCAGAGCCAGACCCCAGCCCAAAGCUGCAGCCGCAGUCGCAGCCGCAGCCGCAGUCGCAGCCACAGCCGAGGUCAAGGCAAGUCUCCUGGGCGCAGGCGCUCCCCUUCCCCGGCACCCAUCGCCACUGCUGCCACAGCCAACGGGCGUUACCACAGGCCUCGGAAAGCAAGGCCCCUGCUUCCACGACUUCUGGAUGGGCAGGUGGCCAAAGUGGGAGCCAGGCAAGGGCCCUUGGAGAAUGGUCGGAUAGCUGAGGAAGCAGUCGGGAAUGUCUCCACUGGAGCGCUGAGGACCAUCACACUAUCCAAGAUGAAGCAGUCUUUGGGCAUUAGCAUCUCUGGGGGCAUCGAGUCCAAGGUGCAGCCCAUGGUGAAGAUAGAGAAGAUCUUUCCCGGAGGUGCAGCUUUCCUCUGCGGGGAUCUACAGGCUGGCUUUGAGCUGGUGGCAGUGGAUGGCGAAAGCCUGGAGCAGGUAACCCACCAGCGAGCAGUGGACACCAUCCGCAGGGCUUACCGAAACAAGGCUCGGGAACCUAUGGAACUUGUGGUCAGGGUCCCUGGGCCUGGCCUGCUGCCCCUAGCCUCUGACCUACGAGUUGUUAAGGACCAGAGCCUUGCUCCUGACUGUCCCUCCGCCCUUGGACCUGUUGAUGAUGCUCGGAUUCUCACCCAGCUACCUCCCCCUGAGGCUAGGCAACUCCAGCAGUCUCUCAGCUCAGCUCUAAAGGUCCCUCAAAGUAUCCCUAAACUCUCCCCUAUACUUAAGGAUCCCCAUGACCCUUCCUAGUGACCUCAAGUCCUCCUGCUGCCUCUGGGUUCUGUGUACCUCUAUCCUAUCCAUUUGACUACUGAGAGCACCACCACACUGGUGGCUCUGAUCCACCCCGGCUGUCAAAAGGGCUCUGGCCUUUCAGGACAAGCUGGAUGUCCAAGAACACCGUGUGCUAGUGGGCAACCCAUGUCAUGUGCAUUCCCUAAUCCUGGACUGCUUCCCAGUAAGGAGACAGACAGACUCAAGUCUGGAGCCUGUGACUAGUGUGAGGUUUUUCACGAUGGACCUGGCUCACCAUAAUCUGAGGGUCGUAAACUGAGAGUCCUCAAGUGGGGGGAGGGUGUCACUGCAAUCAUCCCCCAGCCUCAAGCAGGGUUCAGUGUAGAGGACAGGAUGGGAAGGCUUUUCUAGUUCCUCAAAACUCAUGGUGUGGUCCAGUAGGACCCAGGAUUCUACUAGAUUAGUCCUAAGAAUUCCAUCAUAGGUAGGCGAGCAGCCAGCAAGCAGAGAUGGAUGUCAAACAAAUUCCCCUGCAGUUUCUUUAUCCAUUGCACUUUUUUUUUUUAAAACAAAACUUUUUUUUUUUUUUAAAUUUUUUUCCCCUUUGGGUUUGUACAAGAAAUUUACAGUGUGAAAAAUAUACAAGUGGAAAUGAGGCCGUAACCCUGGAACUAGGGAGGACGGCUUGGUCACAAACACAAAUAAACAAGACAUUGCUGGGUU